CAGCACUGUGCACACAUCAGAGGCAAUCAUGAGUAACUUUGGGGAAAUCUUGAAGGAAAUUGGGGAAUUCGGGUUGUUCCAGAAACGUUUGGUGGCUGUGUUAUGCAUCCCCACUAUGUUUGUAGCUUUUGAUGUGAUCUGUCAGGUGUUCUCAGGUCUUAACUUUCCACAUCACUGUAACACGGACUGGAUCCUGAAACAAGGGCCGAACCUGACGGCGGAGAGACAAAGAAAUCUCACUCUCCCCAUGAGUGAAGACGGGAAGUAUGAGAGCUGUAAAAUGUUCACGCCUGUGGAUCUGGACUUGGCAACCAUUGAAGCGUAUGGGAUUAACACUACAACAGGAUGUGUAAAUGGGUCCAGUUUUGACACACCCAUGGGUGCCUCCAGCAUCGUGACUGAGUUUGACCUGGUGUGUGAAAAGAAUGGCUUCAUUGAGGCGUCUCAGUCCAUCUACAUGGGUGGUCUUCUAGUUGGCGCUGUGGUGACAGGGCUGAUGGCUGACAGGUUUGGUCGACGCUUUGUGGUACUGCUGUCCCUCCUUCAGCUGCUUUUGUUUGGUGUUGGAGCCGGUUUCUCUCCUAACGUCUACGUCUACAUGGUGCUCAAAUUUGGUGGUGGCAUUGCUGUUUCAGGCAUUGUUGGUAAUGCAUAUGUAAUAGGUGGAGAGUGGAGCGAGUCCUCCAAGUUUGCUCUUUGUUCCAUUCUUUGCAACACUUUUUUCUCUGUUGGAUUGAUGGUGUUGUCUGGCGCUGCAUAUUAUAUCCGCAACUGGAGGAUCCUGCAGGUUGUGCUCCUCAGCCCUCUUGUCAUCGUUCUGGGAAUAUUUUACUGGGUUCUCCCAGAGUCAGCUCGCUGGCUUGUCACCCAGGGGAGGAAGUCAGAGGCCAUGAAGGAGGUCAGGAGGGCAGCCAGGGUGAAUGGGAGGACAGUCCCUGAAGAUCUGCUGGAGAAGCUGGAGGUUGACGGUACAUCUAAAAGAAACGGCAUCGUGGACAUCUUCAGAAUCCCAUAUCUGAGAAAACGUACUCUCAUUAUGAGCUUUGUAUGGUUUGGUACAAAUUUAACUUAUGAUGGCCUGAGCCUGAAUGUUGGAAACUUUGGUCUGGACAUCUACCUCACACAACUGGUCUUUGGUUUAGCAGAACUCCCAGCCCGUCUUGGCUGUUUGCCACUUAUUCAGCGCUUUGGGAGGAAAUUUUGUUUAACAGGAAUCCUGUUAUUUGGUGGUGCUGCUUGUCUUGUGAUCGUUGCAAUUCCAAGAGAUUGCCCUGUUGCUGUAACAGUCCUAGCAAUACUGGGAAAAUUUGCAUCCACUGCCAGUUUUACCAUCAUUUAUGUAUAUACUGCAGAACUGUACCCCACAUCUCUAAGGCAGAAUGGUAUAGGUGUGAACUCCAUGUUUGCUCGAGUCGGGGGGAUCCUUGCACCACUGAUCAGGCUCACAGCCAUCUACCAUUACUGCCUCCCUAUGCUGAUAUAUGGAGCCGUCCCUGUGGCUGCUGCGGGUGUCUCUUUACUGCUGCCUGAAACGCUCAACGUUGAGCUACAAGACCAUCCUGAAAACAUAAAUCCUGAGACUGGCACUGGAUCCUUUUCACUUGACGUCAAACAUCAGGAAAGAGAACACAAAUUUUAACAUGAAAUGUUUUUCUCUUUGCUCUGUAUUAGAUAACAAGUCUCUACUGAAUCAAGUAAAACUUGCGUGGUGAAUGUGCAGGUCACAACUUGUCCACGAGAGCGUUUUGAAGUUGUUGGAUUGUGUAUUUGAUGAGUUUGAUGAGGGAAAGCAAAAAUUCCAUCUGCUAACAUAGUGUUAGCAGUGCAG